AUGCUCAGUUUCGUGGCCGGAUUCGCGGUUCUCAGCGCAGUUUUGGGCGCAUCUUCGCCUGAAUCUGCGGUUCCUGAUGUUUUCAGAAACAUUGAGCUUCAGCAAGUUAUCGAUUUGACUGCCGCAUACACUCGUGAGUCGCUCAAGGUUGUUGCUAUGAACAUCGGCGAAGAGCCGGUGCGCGAGUACUUUUUACCGCUCACCUACGAGGAUGCGUCCAAGCUGGCGGCCUUGGAAGCUGAAGACGACGUGGGUUCAUUGAGAAUCAACGAGGUUGAUAGUCUCCAUGAUGGCUCCAAUGCUUAUUUUUCAGUCAACCUCCGCCAGCCCGUGGCACCCGGUGAGGAGAUUGAGUUCACGGUUGGCCGUGCGUUCAUUGCAAAGACUCAGCCUUAUCCUCGUAAAGCUGAACAGUCUGAACAGCAACUUUUGGUCUACAAUGGCAGCCGUACCAUUUUGUCCCCUUAUAAAUCGCAAAAGCAGACGCUGACCAUCAAAACAGUGACCCAAAACAUCUACGACGUUGAAAAGGAUAACCGCCAGACCGCAAAAUCACAGCAACUCGGCGGUUUGGCCACAUUUGGACCAUUCAACAACGUCAAGCCGUUCACUCGCACCCCGCUGACGCUGCAGUAUGAAAACCCAUUGCCGCAGGUCCACUUUCCUCGUUUGGACCGUAAGAUCUGGAUCUCCCAUUGGGGCGAUGCUAUUAGUUUUGAUGAGUCUUACGAUUUGCAGAAUGUCGGCACCGAACUCAAGGGCUCCUUUUCUCGUUUGGAUUACAUGCGUACUAGCGACGGUAGAGCCUUUUCUCUCAAUACUGCUGCUGUCCGUCAACUGAUGCUCUCGGUUCCUUCGCCCGCUCGUGAUAUGUAUUAUGUUGAUCUGGUCGGUAACGUGUCUACUUCGCGGGUUCAAACGUCCGCCGAGGGCACAAGACUCGAAAUCCACCCUCGCUACCCCGUUGUUGGUGGCUGGCAUUACAAUUUCACCGUCGGCUGGACAAAUCCUUUGGGUCAAUUCGUUCAUAAGGUCGGCCCUAACCGUUAUACGGCCGCUAUCCCUUUGCUUACGGGCCCAGAAGACGCUAGCUACGAUGAGGUCUCAACCAAAAUCAUUCUGCCCGAGGGUGCAACAAAUAUUGAUUUCGCUGAUGUCUAUGGCAACAGUGCUGAGGUUUCUACCGUCUAUAGCUACUUGGAUUUCCAGGGACGUCCUGCUCUCGACGUGGUGCACCGAAAGCUUGUCACUGACCAUCGCGCGGGCCUGCUGUUGGUCUCCUACGAUUAUUCGUUGCUCGCUGCUCUUCGCAAACCGCUUAUCCUGGCGACGGCGGUUUUCUGUGUUUUCGUUACCGCAUUCUACGGAUCUCAAAUUAACUGGAGUCUUUAG